GUAUCGCGCAUCCCUAGUUAUGCUUUCCUUUUUAUCGUCGUUGUGUUUGAGCCUUGAGAGGUUAUGUUGUGUUGCUUGGGUCGUUAUUUUCCUUUAUGAUCUGCCUUUUUCCUGUAGCUAGGAUGUGGGAUGGCUUUUCAUAAAGAACGCUAAUGUUUCUGUAAAAGUGUCUCUUAUCUUAUAAUUCACUAGGUAUAAUAUCUGUGCUCCGGCCCCUUGAAAAUAUUUUUUAAAACAACAAGAUGUUUGAAGCACAAGAGGUAAAUGCAGAGCAUAAAGACCUUAUCCAUGAUGUAGCUUAUGAUUUCUACGGACGUCGAAUGGCGACUUGUUCCAGUGAUCAGUUUGUAAAAGUAUGGGACCAAAACAGUGAGGGUAAAUGGAUUUUAAGCUCCAGUUGGAAAGCUCACAGUGGUUCAGUAUGGAAAGUAACAUGGGCACAUCCAGAAUUUGGCCAAGUAUUAGCAACAUGUUCUUUUGACAGAACUGCUGCUAUUUGGGAGGAGAUUGGGAAUAUAGGUCCCAAUGAUCGAGGGGUACGCCACUGGGUCCGUCGUGCCAACCUUGUUGACUCUCGCACGUCGGUCACAGACGCCCGAUUCUGCCCUAGAUGGCUGGGACUCCAGCUGGCGACUUGUUCUGCAGAGGGUAUUGUACGGAUUUAUGAAGCCCCAGAUAUAAUGAACCUCAGUCAGUGGACUCUGCAACAUGAGGUGCAAUGCAGACUACCUUUAAGUUGUCUUAGUUGGAAUCCUACUAUGUCAAAGAUGCAUCCGCCAAUGCUGGCUGUAGGCAGUGAUGAUCAGGUAGCAGCCAAUGGCGGGAAAGUAUUCAUCUAUGAAUACAGCGAGAACAGUAGACGUUGGGUAAAACUGGAAACCAUAGGAACAAUUACAGACGCGGUGCAUGACAUCGCCUUCUCGCCAAAUCUUGGUAGAGAGUAUCACAUCUUGGCAGUGGCUUCAAAGGAUGUACGAAUCAUCAAUCUUGUACCUGUCGAAAACGAAGAAACCUUACAAACGGGAGUUACAAAGUUAGAUGUACAAACGGUAGCACAAUUCGACGACCACAGCAGUCUUGUAUGGAGAGUUUGCUGGAACCUCACGGGGACAGUAUUGUCAUCAAGUGGAGACGACGGCUUGGUCAGAUUAUUCAAAAUGAACUACAUAAACUCUUGGAAGCCAGUGGCAGUAUUAAAAGGCGACACACCCCAAACCAAAGACUCCGAACAACGAACUACGUCAUCGUCAUCUAACAAUGGAAAUGUGAUCAGCCCUCUGUCACAGACAGCACGAUACAUUAAACUGGGUACCAUCUCACAGCCGAGGGAUGUUCCAUGGCACUAGCAGGCAAUGUAAAAUUUAAUAAUAAAACGUUAAUAUAAUUAUCUAAAAUUACACUGUGAACAUUUAUUGGAGCAGGCGUCUCAUCACUGGUCACAGCAUUAUUUUGUGUUUGAGGUAUUUAAAUGAGGCAUACAAAAAAUAAUCCCUAUUGCAAUGCAUAUAUGGUUAAAGGUAAUUGACAGUCAUUUACAUCAAGCUUAGUUGCUCAUUGGCUUUUAUAAGUUGAACAAUUAGAAAAUUGAAAAAGCAGUCCAAUAAGUAUGAAGGUGAAUUUUCUAAUAAAGUAGGUAUGUAUUUUCUUUACUUAAGGAAUUAUCAAUAGUUCAGAGAAUUCUAUAACUUUCAAAUACAUUGGCUCGUCUAAAAAUUGUUUUAUACACGGCGAAAGAUUGUUCACAACUCUGUCAUAGCUGCUGUGGAAACCUAUACUUUUUUACAAUAUACGUUGUUUCUUAGAAGUUCCUGAAUCGUUUUUCAUUUCAGAGUACCUUCUGGUGAUGUUGAAAAUGAAUAAAUAAAUUCAAUGUGUCGACGAGGAAUUAAUUCUGCUUAUAACCGCAGCCAGUUGCACACAAAUUUUAAUCUUCGCUUAGUCACAUCGAGGCAACGACUCCAAUUUAUAGAAAUUAA